AAGUCAUGUCACUAUAAAUCCACUGACAGAGCACGUCUCGCUUCUCUCCCAGCGUUUCAAGCCGAGGCCUUGUAUUAGGUUCGGUCUGACGGUUUACGUGAGCCAUGGCAGACCAGGCUUUUGUUACCCUUGCUACAACUGACAAGUAUGCCAAAGGAGCAAUGGUACUUGGCAAGUCUUUGAGGAACCACAACACAUCGAGGAAACUAGUAGCCUUGAUUGGUCCCCAUGUCUCAGAACCCUCCAGAGCAGUGCUCCAUAAAAUCUAUGAUGAGGUCAGGCUGGUGGAUGUGCUGGACAGUCGGGAUGCUGCACACUUGGCCAUGAUGAAGAGACCAGACCUGGGCGUCACCUUCACCAAACUCCACUGCUGGACUCUUACAGAUUACUCUAAAUGUGUCUUCAUGGAUGCAGAUACUCUAGUUUUGUCUAACAUAGAUGAAUUAUUUGAGAGAGAGGAGCUUUCUGCUGCACCAGAUCCUGGCUGGCCUGAUUGCUUCAACUCUGGUGUGUUUGUCUUCCGCCCCUCCAAUGAGACCUAUGGGAAACUUAUUACCGCCUGUUCAGAGGGCGGCAGCUUUGAUGGUGGGGAUCAGGGUGUCCUCAACAGCUUCUUCAGUGAUUGGGCAACAGCAGACAUUUCAAAACACCUUCCGUUCAUCUACAACCUCAGCAGCAUUGCCAUCUACACCUAUCUCCCAGCAUUCAAGCAAUACGGCCAUGAUGCCAAGGUAGUUCAUUUCCUUGGCAAAGUCAAACCGUGGGAUUACAGUUAUGACACUGCAAGCAAAACGGUCAAGGGACAGUCCCAGGACUCUGACAUGCACCCCAACUACCUGCUGCAGUGGUGGGAGCUAUUCAGUUCUUCGGUGUUGGCCCUCAUGAAAGAGGAGUAUGGGGACCAACCCUUCCAUUCCGGUUGCACAGAGAGUGACAUCCAUGUUGACGUGGGUCAGAUGCACUUAUCCCAUCAUCCCCCUUCACCUCCGAUGUCGUCUCAUGAGCGAAAGCAGAAGUGGGAACAGGGUCAAGCGGAUUACAUGGGAAUGGACUCUUUUGACAACAUAGAGAAAAAGCUAGAUUCCUUCCUUAAGUGAGAUCUAGAUGAUCAGAUCUAGUUUUGUACUGGAGUAUGCAUGUACAGGCCAUAAAACAACAUUUGGAGAAAUUAUUGUGGAUUUUGUUUUUUAUACCGUCCAAAUCAUCUAUGCACUUAACCUCUUCCACACUGUGCUCUGAUUGCACCAGACAUUGACACAAUGUUUCUGAUCUCCCUGAAAAAUACACUACUGCUAUCUUUUUCUUGUUCAAUAUGCCAUAACAUGGUUAUGGUCUUACAGCAUUCAGGUCUUCCUUUUUGCCUUGUUUUUGAAAGAUCAGAAACAUUUUGAAAAAAUAAAAUACAGCACACAAUAUCAUACCAAACCUUAUAAAUGUCCCAAAUAUUUAAAACACACCUUCAAGAUUAUCUACUGGCCGCAUUUUGCAAUGAUGUUGUUUACAAGACAACUAGUGUGCUGCCAUCUUUCUUAAAUGAUCAUUUCUGGCUCUGCACAACAGCAACUCUUAGUGUGAGAACUAAGGUCACUCCGUAUGCUCAUUCCCUGUACCAGGAAUAAGGCACAAGAAAUUUACUGCACCUGGUUACAGCCAAUAGUAGUAAUUUUGAAGUUGACUUGUAACUUUUUUUUUUUUUUUUUCUUCCUCCACACUUGUAACAUCUGAAAUAAACUACUAAUAGGAGUCCCAUUAACUACUCUGAACAAGUUUGAUCUUUCAUGCACCAAAAUGAUUUAUUGUAAAGACUCAUUGAACAACUGUUAGAUAUUGUCCAGAUAAUCCUGUUGACAAACCGCAUAUAAAGUAGUUUAAAAGAAAAAAAAAAAAAAAAGAAAAAGUGUCUUCAAAGGAUUUGUUGUAAUAAAUGACUGGCCCAUGGUGUUAGCAGAAAAAUUAAAGCUCCAUGAGUGCUCUAAUAUCAUCUAUCCGUGCCUGUUUUGCAUCCUGUGGGUUUUUCACUCCAAAAGCUUUAUCCACCAGCUCCUGCUUCUUUUUCUGAAUCUUCACCAUGUUCUCCUCCACUGAGUUUUUCACGAUAAACUAGAGACAACAGGAAAGAGUUUUAUUUUAGAAUAUCAUGAUUUAAGUCAAACAGUGUAUCUGUGAUGACCUGAUAUAACUAGUGCUGACUUUUCACUGUAUAUGACACACUAUGACAAACAUUAUGAACAAUUUCCUAUGGUGAGCCACGUACAAGCUCAGCAUGACAAUCAUUUGCUGAUGUUCAAUUUCUGUUCAUGUACUCUUAAAUAAAGACACUGUGACACAUCAGCUGGAUGUCUGACUUCAAAUCAGGACAUAUAAAUUAAUACUUUAUUAAAAACACCUUAAAGUAGUCCUGAACGACCUUUAUUUUUGUAUUUGUCUGCUUGCCAUAAUUUUUGUUGCACAGAUAGAUUGGCUGUAAGCAAUAAUCUGUUGUUUUUAAAGUAUUUUAUAUUUUAAAUAUAUUUAUAUUUUAAAAUAAUUUGUCCUCCGUUCUUAUUUACCUCAAUCCCACUGGCAGUCAUCAUUUGUUCUAUAUUGUGCAGACAUUGAUGUCACAGAAUGAGCUUCUCCCAUGUUGCAGUGUAUGAUUAUAAUAAAAAGCAUUUUCCCCUCA